AUGGCUGUGUCUCCGUCGGAGCUGGACGUGAUCUCGAGGAGCAGCGAGAUUGUUCCCGAUUCAAUCGUCGGCGGCCAAUUUGAGAGCUUCAAGCCCACUGCGGCGACCGUGUCGUCGUCUCUCAUCCUCGGAGUUUCCUCCUUGGGGGAAGCUAAGUUCGACGGAGCGAUCAAGAGCGCGUUGGCAUACGGCAAGUGCAUGAUAGCCGCAGAGGAAAACAAGUUCUCCUGCUUCCUCGAUAAGGCGCUGGUGAACGUGGGGAGGGAGCUGAGCCUCGAGGUGUCCGGGCGUGUGUCCACCGAGGUGGACCCUAGGCUGGCGCACAACACGGCCGCCAUGGUCGACCGGGUGCGCAACCUCGCAGAUCUGUACAAAGAGGUGGACGUGGGUGUGAACCGAGUGCUGUUCAAGCUGCCCGCCACGUGGGAGGGCAUCGAGGCAGCGAGGCAGCUGGAGGCAGAGGGCAUCAAGACGCACGUCACUGGCGUCGCCAGCUUCGCCCAGGCGUCAGCAUGUGCGCAGGCCAACGUGGCAGUCAUUCAAAUCCCCGUCGGCCGAAUCAAGGACUGGGCACGCACGCACUCAGGCGACAAGGAAGUGGAAGCUGCAGCAGCCAAGGGCGAGGACCCUGGCGUCAGCCUGGUGCGCCGUGCGUGUGCGUUUAUUGCCCGCAACAACUUCCCCACCAAGGUCAUGGCGUCCAACAUCCGCAGCAAGGAGGACGCACUCAGCCUCCAUGGCACUGAUUACCUGGUGGUACCCCUCAAGGUGAUGGAGGCUCUGAAAGAUACUCCCGCCUCCCCUGACCUCAAACCUGCAGCAGUCAGUGCAGCAGCUGACAAGGUCAAGCCAUGGGACAUGGCAAGGUUCAUGGCCAAUAUCGGUCCCUGCGCCCGGCAGCUGCUACAGGCUGAGAUUGAUUCUGCUGUUUCUCAGGCAGAGAAGGUUGACAAGCACUUUAAGAAGAUCUGGCCGCCCCCGAACCCCAUUGCCGCAGCCGCCGGCCACUCUUCAGCAUUCAGCAGCCAAGGGAACAAAGAGGGAAAGGAGGGAGGAGAGGGCGAAGAGGGAUUUUGGGAGGAAAAUAAGAGCAACGGAGCGGGGGACAGUCCGAUAGCGGGGGUGAGAGAGGGGGAGGGGGAGGGAGUGGGAAAGGGAGAGCAGGUGUCGGAGGAGGAGAUGGGCGAGAGCGUGGCAGCAGCACGAGGGCGGGUGAGGCACGAGCUGUACGCCCCCAUCGAGCCGUAUCGGUCCGGCACACUUGCUGUCUCGGAUGUGCAUACUGUCUACUGGGAGGAGAGCGGCAACCCCAAAGGCCAGCCUGUCAUUUUCCUGCACGGGGGACCAGGGGGUGGUACCUCCCCGGCCAACAGGCGGUUCUUUGACCCGACGUUCUUCCGCAUCGUGCUGCUGGACCAGCGGGGGGCAGGCAGGAGCACCCCCCACGCGUGUCUUGAGGAGAAUACCACGUGGCACCUGGUGGAGGAUAUCGAGACCCUGAGGAAACACCUGGGGGUUGACAAGUGGCUGGUGUUUGGAGGGUCAUGGGGGUCCACUCUAUCGCUCGUGUAUGCAGCCACACAUCCAGACAGGGUCGCAGGCUUGAUUCUGCGGGGAAUCUUUUUGUUGAGAAGGAAGGAGGUGGAGUGGUUCUACCAGAAGGGAGCUGACUCCAUCUUCCCUGAUGCGUUUGACAAGUACCGGGAGUUCAUUCCCAAGGACGAGCAGCACGAUCUGGUGACAGCUUACCACAAGAGACUCAUGAACGACUCCGAACCUGAUCAACAGGUGGCAGCAGCACGGCACUGGACGGAGUGGGAGAUGGCCACCAGCUACCUGCUGCCCAACGAGGACUCGCUCAAACGAGGCGAGGACGACAAAUUCGCUCUGGCAAGUCAUCUGUCGUUGUCAGUUGGUCAGUCCAGUCCGGUUCACCUGAUGGGCUCGGUGCUCACUGCCACUAUUUCUCACAAGUUCUCUCUGGCACUUUGA